AUGGACUGGGGGGCCUUGCCGUUGGAGGCCUUGCUGGAGGAGGACUUUGUGGUGCUGCCGCUGCCGUUUCUGGCGCCGGCCGACAGGUGCGACCGCGCGUCGGCCGCUGAGGCCUUGAAAAGCAGAGGUCGCUGGCAGCCGGAAUUCCCGGAGUUCGAGAAUGACACCAUGGGCCGGAGCUUUCCCCGCAACAAGGUGUCCUGGCUAGACGAUUCCGAAGAGAACCUGGAGGAGAUUUGCAAGGAAUUAGUGGAGCUUGCGGAAGUUCUCACGGGUAUCACGGCGGACCUGGGCUUUCAUGGGAGCGGCAGGACCCGUAUCAUGGCCCAUACCGCGAGCACCGAGGAGGAUAAGAAGCAGUUGGCGCUACCUGCCCAAGGCAUCAAAGUUCAGGCCAACACUCUCCAGGACCGCCUGGUCUUUAGGGACCAGCGGAAGGUGUGCGUGCUGCACAUCGUCGGCCCGGGCGAGGGCAGCCUGGUGCUGCACCGCAAAGGCUCCGACGCGCCCAUCACGUGCCAGGAUGGCCUCACCGUGAUCUUCCGGCACGAGGUCUGUGACUACAGCUUCGAGCCUGCAGAGGGCCAGUACGCCUUGCAGUUGUGGCUGCUACGUGACCCACUACCAGGCGAGGUGUCGCAGGAGAGCGGCUUCGAUGCUCAGGAGGCCACGAUUGAGGAUGCUUUGCAGUCCAUGGUGCGCAAAGAUGGGAAGGUGGGGCCCAGAUUCGAGAAGAGCCAGGGCUUCCUGGCCAUGGGCAGCCACAGCUGCUUCGGGGACUUCCCCGAGGACUUCCUACCGCCCUCUGUGAAGUCCAAGCUGAAGGAGGCGCAGAAGAAGCGCACGGCGCUGCUGCCGCGGAUCAAGUCGGACCCGGGGCUGACGACGAUGACGGCCAAGAUCCAGGGCUUCAGUUGGAACCCGCAUCUGCCCCCCGACAGCCCAUCACAUUGCGGCGCCAGGAAGCGCCAGAUCAUCCCGGGCACCCACUUCCGGAACUUCUACGACCGGGGGGAUCUGCCCAUCUCCAUCCUCCACGGCUCGGUGGGCGGAAAGAUCACCUGGAAGGUGGACCUUGAGCGCUUGGACUACCACCACUUCCUGCCCAUCUUCUUCGAGGGUUUGAGGGAAAAGGAGGACCCCUACCGCUUCCUGGCGGUGACUGGCACCUACGACAUGCUGGCAAGGGGCGGGCCCAAGAUUCUGCCCGUGGUGCCACAGCUGAUCAUCCCCAUGAAGACGGCAAUGAACACGCGGGACCCGGUGAUCAUUUGCAACAUCUUGAAGGUGCUUCAGACUCUGGUGCUCAGUGCAGACAUGGUGGGUGAGGCCCUGGUGCCGUACUAUCGGCAGCUGCUGCCGACCUUCGCGCUCUACAUCGGAAAAAACAAGAACAUCGGCCACAUGAUGGACUAUGCACAGAGGAAGCGCUUGAACCUGGGCGAGCUGAUCCACGAGACCUUGGAGAUCCUGGAGGUCCACGGGGGGGAGGACGCCUUCAUCAACAUCAAGUACAUGAUUCCUACCUAUGAGAGUUGCGUGAAGGCCUGA